UUGCCGUCCCAGUCCUCGGUGAAGCGGGUCCUGUCACAGGUCCUUGGCUCUCCCUCUCUCUCUCUCUCCACGACGGGCCUCUCCCACCGGGUACUCAGAGAAGGCCACAGGUAGGACCAGGUCGCCCCCCCCCCCCCACCAUGUCCUGGCUCACGCUCAUCCUGCUGGGACUGGUGGCGUUCCUGCUGUACAUGGUGUUCAACCAGCCCGACGCCCGUGGCAUGCCGCCGGGACCCAGGGGGCUUCCUCUCGUGGGAAACCUCUUCGACCUUCUGUGGGAGGAUUCGAUUCGCUUCUUCGGCAGGCUGGCGGACGAGUAUGGCCCCCUCUACAGCGUGCAGUUGGGCCUCCGUCGGGUGGUCGUGCUCAACUCCUCCCACUGGCUGACUCAGGCCUUCGUCAGGCAGGGGGACAUGUUCAAUCACCGUCCUAGGGGCACCGUCCUUAGUUUCAUCAUGGGCGGGAAAGGUAAAGCUAAAAAGGUCGGCCAGCCCUACAACCUGCACUACGACCUGGCCACUUCCGUCCUCAACAUCGUGUGGCACAUGUUCGUCGGAGAGCGGUUCCCGAUGGACGACAAGAACCUCCGCUGGAUCGUCGACUCCCUGGAUGUCCUCACGCUGGUGGAACAAGGCGGGUUCCUGAACUACACGCCGAUGAUACAGUUUAUCGGCACUUUCCUGAAGCCGAAAGCGUUCAAAGUGGGUUACAACGUGAAACAUCGGCUUGACUAUUUCCAAAAGCUGAUUGACGAACACAAGGCCAACCUGGACAACCCCGACCGCAAUUUCGACCUUAUGUACCAGUACUUAUUGGAACAACGGCGGCAGAUCGAGCAGGGAAACGCCGAUACUAUUUUUACUGAUAACCAACUGAAGUGGCUCGUGAGCGACCUUUUCAUCGUGGGUCUGGACACCACGGUGACGACGCUGCGCUGGUGCACGCUGUUCCUGGUGCUGCGUCAUCCCGAGGUCCAGGAGAAGAUCUUCCAGGUGGACGCGGUCAUCGGCACCGACCGCAUGCCUACGUACGAAGACCGCCUCCGAAUGCCCUACACGGAAGCCUUCACGACCGAGGUCUUCCGCUUCGGCUCCAUCACGCCCCUGGCCCUCCACGGGAACCCCGAAGAGACGACCAUCAACGGCUACCGGAUCCCGAAGAGGUCGUGGGUCAUCGGGAACAUCUGGGGCAUCCACUGGGACAAGAAGUUGUGGGGAGACCCAGAGAAUUUCCGACCAGAAAGGUUCCUGGACGACGAAGGGCAAGUCGUUCGAUCUGAACACGUUGUUCCAUUCUCUGUUGGCCGAAGAAACUGCCUCGGCGAGUCCCUGGCGAGGAUCGAGGCCUUCCAGUUCCUGACGGCGAUGCUCCAGCGGUACAGGUUCUCGGUCCCUGAAGGCCACGAGGUCCCCGGCACCGGCUUCCACUGCGGCGUGACCCUGAAUCCUCGCGAGUUCGAAGUCCUCCUGACGCCGAGGACCGCCAAGGCUGGAUGAUCCCCGGUGGUCUUUUGUUUAGAGGGCGCGGGACGUGUUGAUUUCGGGGGCAGUUUGGGGAAUGAGGGAAAAAGGGAAGA